UGGUUACUGCGCAUGUACGAGGCUGUGGGUGCGCGUUACUGGGGAGAUUGUUGGCUAACAAAACAAACCAGAAGCCGCUGAGGAAGUCAGGAAGAGGAUGGCGAGCUACAAGGCUGGUGAUUCUAAAAGGGAACAAUUUAGAAGAUACUUGGAGAAGGCAGGAGUGCUCGACACGCUUACUAAAAUAUUGGUAGAGCUGUAUGAAGAACCAGAGAAGCCGAACAAUGCACUGGACUUUUUAAAACAGCACUUAGGUGCUGCAGGCCCAGAAACACCAGAUGUGGAAGCUUUGCGUUUGGAGGUCGCAGAACUGAAACAAAAGUAUGAAGCUGUUCUAGAGGAAAAUAAAGAACUGAAAGCAAAGCUUGCCCAACACGAACCUCCAACAGAUGAAAAACGAGCUGAAUGA